UUCUUUGUUGGGGAGGUUUGUUGAUUUGAUUUGCCCCCCAAGUCAGCCCAAAAUCUCGAUUCGGCACCCAUCUUCUUCUUCUUCUCAUCAUCAAUCUUUCGUUUUCAUCUGAAAUUCUAAAAUGAACGAGAAGGCCCACGUCACCAAGGAGCUCAACGCCAGACACCGCAAGGUUUUGGAAGGGCUUCUUAAGUUUCCAGAGAACAGGGAAUGUGCUGACUGCAAAACGAAAGGUCCAAGAUGGGCAAGUGUGAAUUUGGGCAUCUUUAUAUGCAUGCAGUGUUCUGGAAUCCACAGAAGUCUUGGGGUGCAUAUCUCGAAGGUGAGAUCAGCCACGCUUGACACAUGGCUUCCGGAGCAGAUUGCAUUCAUUCAGUCCAUGGGAAACGAAAGAGCUAACAGUUUUUGGGAAGCGGAGUUGCCUCCGAAUUAUGAUCGAGUUGGAAUUGAGAACUUUAUCCGCGCAAAGUAUGAAGAAAAGAGGUGGGUUCCAAAAGAUGGGAGUCAAUUGUCACCGAGCAGUGGAGGGGAAGAAUACCUGUCGACACAUCAAUCAAGAGUGGAGGAGAGGAACGGGCAUGUAUAUGUUAAUAAACCUGUAAAAGUGACCGAGGAGAGAAAAAGCACUCUUGCGUCUAGUGCUAGGGAGACUAGAUCAGCGGGCAGAAUUAGCAUUCCAUCCCCUCCAAAAGGAGCCGAGCAGACUACUCCCGUUCGCCAGCCUCAACAUGAGAUCCAGAAACCUGAAGCAACUGUUCAAGAAUCAGAAGUGGCUAAGCAGGCGGCUAGUACUUCUUCAGCUGCCCCUCCUCCUAAAGUUGAUUUUGCUACUGAUCUUUUCAACAUGCUUUCGAUGGAUGAUUCUAGUGAAAGUCCUACUGAAAAUGCCAAUAAUGAUGAUAAUGCAUGGGCAGGAUUCCAGUCUGCUGGACAAGCGUCGACUUCUGAGAAAGCUGAAGCAAAGAAGGAUGUUGACAGUGACAAGAGAUCUACUUCUGGAAUUGAAGAUCUAUUUGGUGAUUCUCCUGCAUCUACAGCUUCAAUUAUGCAGCAGCCACAGAAAGAUUUGAAAUCAGAUAUUAUGAGUCUUUUUGAGAAGUCCAACAUGGUAUCACCAUUUGCUGCUCAUCAACAGCAACUUGCUAUGUUGGCACAGCAACAGAAUCUUCUUAUGGCUGCAGCUGCUCAAGCAGCUAAUGGGGCUUCAAAAUCACCUGCCAAUAUGCAACAACCCGGAUUAAAUGGCUCCAAUUUGCCGACUCAAAACUGGACAGGUCUUGGGUAUCAAAUUCCUGGAUUAACUAUGCCAUUAGCGGGGCAGAAUGAACUGCCAAAAUUAGUUCAGGUUGGAAACUCUCCAAUGCACCCAGCAGGGAAUCCUCCCUCUUUCCCAGCAAUGGGUUUCUACCCUAUGGGUCAAGCUAUGCCUGUGAAUGGUGCAGCUGGUGUUGAAACAAGUAAAAGUUCAGCAGUUUCUACAGGGAGUUUAACACAAAAGACAAACGAUUACGACUUUUCGGCACUAACCCAAGGGUUGUUUUCAAAGCGAUGAGUAAAAUACCCUUGGAACAAGUUUGUGUUUGAAGUCGUCCUAAUUAGGACCAGAAGAAGUUACUGGGAGAUGCAAGCUUGAGAGCAUUUCCUCCAUUUGUUGGUGUAAAAACUAUACGUAGGGAAGUUUUCAACUGUUUGUUGUAUGAUUUGUGCUUGAAAUGUAAUUUUAUUUUUUGAGGGGGGGGGAUCAAUAAAGACGAGUUUUGACAGACCAAAUUUCAUUUGUACCUUAUAAUACAAGAGGUGAUUCUGAUUCUUUUACCUUAUUUAUCGUUCAAUUUCAUACUUCCAUUGGAUUGCA